ACGUCUCGGGUCGGUUUCCAGUGGGCUUCCAACGGCGCAAUAUUUUGGGUCAACGCCAUAUUCUAACAUACUCAAUCAAAUACAUAGACGACCUGACGAACCAGAAUAGAAGGAAAGCAAUGAUAGACCCCACAUUUCCUUUUCCUUCAUAUCCGAGGGCGCUGCCAACGAAAAGGGACGCACCUGUACUGACAUUAGCCGACAGCAGUGAUUUUCUGUCGGUGGGACCAAUCGUCCCCUUUCAUGAGUAUUUGCCGCAAAAGACGCGACAGUUUGCGGUAACGUGGCCCAAUCAGACAACGAUUCGGCAUCCAAAAGUCAGUAUGCCAUUGAAUUUGGGAGAAAAAUUACUGGGUGACUUCUUGGUGGCCAUUGGUGUAACGGCUUGUGUGUCUCCUUUUCUUACCAUUAUCGACAAAGCUAUGGUGCAACGAUCGGCAAAUUCGCAUACGCUGCUACAAAGUGCAACGGAGAGUGCCACAGCCAUGAGUAGACACCCCUUCGCCUUUGUAAAGAGUCCUACUUUUUUAUGGAUGUGGAUGACGUACGCUUCCACGUAUACAGCGGUCAACAUGAUCCGCACGUUGACCGAACACCAAGACUACCAAUUCGUCCGAGACCACUAUCGUAACAAUUCCGACGCAAUCUCUUCAGCAGCACCGGCAAAGCCAAACACGAACACGGUUGUCUUUCUGGGAACUACCGCCGUCAAUACAUCGGCGUCGUUGAUCCGUGAUCGAGCGUACGCUAAAAUGUUUGGCAAUGCGGCGGCGACCAGCGUCCCGCGCGUCUCGUAUGGACUCUGGAUGGCACGGGAUUUCACCGUAAUCGGCUCUAGUUUCGUGCUACCUGAGUAUGUGGCAAGUUUUCUCCAGCAUCGAAGCAACCUCAAUGAAGCCGACGCCCUCAAUGUUGCACAGUUAGCGACACCGUUGGCGGCACAAGCCAUAGCGGCGCCGUUGCAUUUCGUCGGCCUCGACUGCUACAAUCGCGCUUUAUCGCAUCUCCCUGUUGUUCCACGCCUUGUGGAACGUGGCCGAUUCCUUGCGAAAGGAUUUGUCGAGGUCACGGCUGCCAAGAUGAUUCGAAUCUUGCCCGGAUACGGGAUUGCCGGUGUGUACAAUCGGCAGUUUCGAAAUCAAUGGCGUGACAACUUGAUACGCCGCCAGAUCAUCAAAAAUACUGCCAACAGGCAGACCUCGUCGAUCUCACAAGAUGGUGUGCGAAACUUGGUUGCUCUGAUUCGGAGCAAGUCGUCCACGUAGACAGUUCUGCCAAACGCUCUUCCAAAAACCCGACUGAUACACUACUACGACCCAAUCCGAUUUACUGGCCGAUCCAAACUCAUUACUAAUAAAAGACCGAAUCGAUAGAGUGCCGUAUUUGAAGACACGCAUAACACGAAAGCAGGUUUCAGACUCAUAGAAACAAAGUCGCAAUCCGAUUUAUUAGAAAACCCUAAUUUUAGAAAGAAACCACUAU